CUUUGGGAAUAUCGCAUAUGCCCUCACUCCACCAACAAACUCAGCAACCAAACAAAAACGUCUCCAACUAUACAAUCGUUUUGCUCCGCAAGUCUUCUCCGAUCAACUCGGCUCUCUUGGCUGCUUCUUGCCCAGCGCUCCAGCCUGCUCUCUAGCCUCCUAGUUUCAUCUACCACAGGGUCAGGUUGCUCCGCUCGGAAUGGCCUCCCCAUCGACAGAAACCCCGCCUCUCCCGACCCUCCGAGACGUCAUCGGCCACGAUGACGACGACGACGACGGCUACGACGACCACUUCAUCGCAGAGGAGGAAGACGAAGAGGAGGACGAGGAGGAGUGGGACAUGAGCAAGCGCAUGUCGCGCCUGUCCAUGGAAGGUUCCGACGGCGGCGACGCCGACGUCGAGGACGGCGGCGGCGACGACGAGGGAGAGGAAGAAGAGGAGGAGGAGGACGAGUUCGAGGUGCGGUCGGACGUCAACGCUGCCGAUACGUACCGCCCGUGGCCUCAUCCGUACGACGAGCCGCGCGGGGCCCCGUCGUCGUCGGCGUCGCUCCCUGGCACGCCGGACCGCGGCGGCGCGCAUGCCGCCGCGCAGUCGUCGUCGCCGUUGUGGGCCGGGCCGAGCGCCAAGGACAAGGAGUACGCGAGCGAGACGGAGGCGCGGUGGCCGCCCGACGCCGACGGGCGCGGCGGGAGGCGGCAUCGUCAGCACCGGCGGGCGCGGGUGGCGCGGGAGGUGUGGCUGGAGCGCGCGUGGCGGAUGCGGAAGCAGCGGCGGCAGCUGCAGGAGGAGGUGCCCGUGGUCGUCCUCGGCGGCGGCGAAUCCCCGGCGAGCCGCGGCGGCGUGGCGAUGGACAUGGAGGAGGUCCGCGCGUGCCGGGACCUGGGCCUGGCUCUCCCCUGCGACUGGACCGUGGAGAUCCCCUGCUACGCGCUCUCCGGCGUCGACACCGCCAGCAGCGGCGGCAACUCGCCGGCCUCCGGCAGCUGGCGCAUCUCCAGCCCCGGGGACGAUCCCAAGGACGUGAAGGCGCGGCUCAAGGUGUGGGCGCAGGCGGUGGCGCUCGCGUCCGCCUCUCGUCUCGGUUCUUGACCGGCACCAAGAAGCAACCAGCGGCCGGCCGGCGAUCAAGACGGAUGCAAAAGCUCACCAUGCGUACACAUUCACAGGACAGAUUAUUAUUACCCGUCGUCUCGUCUCCAACAGUAUCAUAGUCUUCGCAUCUCGUCAGAAGAAAUGAAAAAAAAAUCAAGAAAAAAGAUUUGUCGUCAUUUGGGGCAGAACACCGUUGAUUCUGUUCCGCCACAGCGUACGUUUUUGUGUUCAACUGUAGAAAUGCGUCAUUAGGAAGUGUGUUCGUGUGGUCAUGGAUAGCUAGGAGCCUAGGAUCAGGGUUUCUUUCAGGAAAAAAAAAAAAGCAAAAGCAAACUGUAAGCUAGGAUUAGCAUGCAUAUGGUUUGGUGACUUGUAUAUGAAAAAAAAAAGAUUGGUGAGGGAGCUAGCCGUACGUGCACAGUGCGCACGGGUCGCUGGGUUGACAGUGUGACACGUGCAGCGCUGUGGACCGUGUGUGUGUUUUGAAUUCCAUGAUUGCUGUACGAGUAUAAAGGGAGUGCAGGUGAAUGAGAACACAGAGCUCUAGGAGAUUUUCCAUGGA